CAUAUCUGGAGAGGCUGGAUAGAUGAUAGUCUCCAGUGAUCCGACUUAGUCAGUGUCAAGCGGUCAGGCAAUCAAGUUCUCGACUAAGCCCCCACCGCCGACGAUCGCUGCAGCGGCCUAAUUCAAUUAAAAUUAAAACGCAAAUCUACGCCACCGAGUGAAAUUGCCCCAAAUUCCCGGCAAUUAUUGUAGGUCGUGCACACAUCUGCGUGGGCAGAUACGUCUUAAUCUCCGUCUCAAUCUAGACCAUGCAAUCGGACCCCUCUGACCUGGGAGCUGCCGCUGUCGAAGAAUCCAUUGCCAUGCACCGCUCCACGUCGAUGCCCGUGAAACCGAAGCCUCUGGAGCAGAAGCCCUUGCUCCGGUCCUCCGAAAAGGAGACGGUUAACGCAGCGGACUACUAUCCGGAAAGUCCGGGCUUUGUGCGACGUAGAAAGUCCAAGGCAAGCCCCGGAGAUCAAUUAGAAACGCGCAGCGAACAAAACUUUCCCUGCACCCAUGACUGGGCAGGUAGUACCAUAGAGCUGACUCCGGAUGUGGGCACCUCAUCCUCUGAAGGUAUGCGCCGCACUUUGCACCGAGUGAUGGAGAAGAACGGGAAGGAAAACGUCGUUUUCCGUCGGAUACCAGAGAAGUCCUGGCGCUACAUGCGCGACCUAGUCACCACGCUGAUGGAGCUGGAGUGGAAGUACAUGCUGACCUUGUUCCUGAGCAGCUACUUCCUCAGCUGGCUGCUCUUCGCCGUGCUCUGCUACGUGGUUGCCUACUCCCACGGCGACUUCAUCUUCGAUGCUAUUACAGGAGCCAGGAUGGGCGAGGGAGAAGACCCCUGCAUAUACGGCGUCAAGAACUGGGUGGCCAUGAUAAUCUACUCGGUGGAGACGCAGACCACCCUGGGAUUCGGCGAGAAGUACGCCAGUGAGGAGUGCCCGGAAACCAUCUUCCUGUUCGUAAUGCAGAUGCUGAGCGCUGCCCUGAUCGAAGGCAUCAUGGUGAGCGUAAUCUACGCCAAGACGGCGCGCCCGGCCAGGCAGAUGACCAAGCUGAAGUUUAGCGACAAGGCGGUGAUUUGUUAUCGCGACGGGCAGCUGUGUCUGCUCUUCCGGGUGUGCGAUCCCCGCGAGCAGCAGACCAUUGAGUCCAAGAUUCGAGUCUACAUGAUCGUGGAUAAGCGCACGCGCGAGGGCGAGAUUAUCAAAACCCACACCGAGCUGAAGCUGGAGGGGAAUGGGGAGCAGCUGAUUGUCUGGCCCGAAGUUGUUUGCCAUGUCAUCGACAAGACGAGUCCGCUGUUCCAGUUCACCACCGCCAAGCUCUUCAACGCCGCCCAGUUCGAGCUCUAUGUGUCCAUUGUGGGAACCUCCCCAGCCACGGCCCAAAUGACGGAGGCCAAGACAUCCUACCUGCCCCGGGAGAUAUUCUGGGGCCAGCGAUUCGUCAACAUCAUACACUACGAUGCCCAGAACGAGCGGUAUCUGGUGGACUACGAGAACUUCAACAGGACCAUUUCCGUGGACAUGCCGAUGAACCUGCCAUCGAACGAGUAUCUCAAGUUGGAAUACCGAAAGUAAAGGGAUAUUAUAUACAUUUUAACCACUUAUUUAACAACAUUUAUUAAAAGGCAUAUAAAUAACAUAUAUGAAGAUCGGCAAAAUAAAUAGAUCCUUAAAAUACA